AUUUUCAUGCAUUUAUUUAUGGUAGUUCACACAUCCGCAAGGACAAAUCUUCUCAGAUAAAUAAUAAUAAAGUAAUUUGUUGUUGUUACUUAAACCAACUGAAGAAGGUCACUGAUACUACUGCACUUUGAGCUAGGAGCACAAGAAUUUCGUUACACCCGCAAUAACAUCUGAUAAAUUUAUGUGUAUGUGACCAAUAAAAUGUGAUUUAUUUAUCCCCUUCCUAGCACAGUGAGUGAGCCAUCAACCCUUCCACCUGAACCAAGAGAGUGCGUUUCUAAAAAGCACUUUGUGACUAUUUGUGUCCAAACGCCAACACACCUUUGAGUGAGAAACAAAGAGACUAUCAGCAGUGGUUAUUAUUGAUGUGGGAUUUUUACCUGGCAACAACUCCUUGAUACCCCAUUGUAAAUUACAACUUGGGGAUAGAAUUCAACUGCAGGCUCAAAAUGACAGAUUGUAACUUUUGACACAGACACCAGACCAGACAAUGACAUGGAGGUGCGCACGUACAUGGACUAUCCCGUUGCGAUUUAUAGCAACAUCACAGAGCAGUUGAAUGGCUCCUCAGCCCUCUCCUCUGGGCUGGCAGGAGAGGAACCUGACCCCCACCAGCAUUACACCAUCAGCGUCUUCCUCUCCUGCCUCUACACAAUCUUCCUUUUCCCCGUGGGCUUCAUCGGGAACGUCCUCAUCCUGACCGUCAACCUGAGCCACAAGGGACGCAUGACCGCCCCCGAUCUUUACUUUGUCAACCUGGCGGCUGCCGACCUGGUCCUGGUGGCUGACUCCCUGAUUGAGGUGUUCAACCUUAGUGAGCACUACUAUGACAUGGCUGCCCUGUGCACCUUCAUGGCCCUGUUCCUGCAGGUCAACAUGUACAGCAGCGUCUUCUUCCUGACCUGGAUGAGCUUCGACCGGUUUGUGGUGCUGGCGGGCUCAAUGGGUCUGGGCAGGAGCAUGCCCAGGGCCCGUCUGACCUGCUGCCUGAUCUGGGUGACCUCCGCCCUGCUCACCCUGCUGCCCUUCACCGUGGCCCAGGUGCAGCACACCGGGGAGCUCCACUUCUGCUUCGCGAACGUAUCCCAGAUCCAGUGGCUGGAGGUUACGCUGGGCUUCCUGCUGCCCUUCUGCGUGCUGGGCCUCUGCUACUGGAGGAUCGCCCUGGUUCUGGUGAGCGCUCAAAGGGAGCACAGUGGGCUGCAGCGGCGGCCACAGAAGAGGAAGGCUUUGAGGAUGAUUUCUGCGGCCGUGUUGGUGUUCUUUGCCUGUUGGUUACCGCAGAACAUGUUUGUCAGUGUGCACCUGCUGAGAGGCGAUGUGGAUGGAACGCUGUGGCAUGACUACCCUCUGACGGCCCACAUGGUCAACCUGGCUGCCUUCUCCAACAGCUGCCUCAACCCCCUGGUCUACAGCUUCCUGGGGGAGACCUUCCAGGACAAGCUAAGGAGCUUCAUCAAGGAAAACAUCAGCUGGGCCAAGUUAGACAGCUCCUGUUGGAGUAGCUAGCCCCUCUGGCCUACCCACUGCAAGCUCCUGCCCCAUACUUAAAAGUACCAGUCCCAUCACACAACCUCUCCAAAGCUCCUGCUGCCUCUACAAACCAGCCAUCCAUCCGUCAAAUCAAAACUCACCAACAUACGUGUGCCCUGGACAGCUACGUGGUGUGUCUGAUUUCAAUCAC